AUGAGGUCUGAUACAUAUACUGGUAGUAGAGGAAGAACUUCAUUUGUGUUAAUUGGGUGUGAAAGGAGCGGUCAGUACAAGUGUAGGAAGAAAGAAUUUGUUAGAAGAAACACAGGCACUGGGAAAUGUGGUUGUCCCUUCAAGCUUCAUGGGAAACUAGUGCAUGGAGGAGAAAGUUGGAUGGUGAUGUUGAUCUAUGGGAUUCACAACCAUGAAUUGGCGAAGACCUUAGUUGGACAUCCAUAUGUUGGGAGAUUGACAAAUGAUAAGAAGAAUAUCAUUGCUGAUAUGAUAAAGUCGAAUGUGAAAUUAAGAAACAUCCUGCUAACGUUAAAGGAGCACAACGCCAACAGUUGCAUCACAAUCAAACAAAUCUACAAUGCAAGAAGUGCAUAUCGUUCUUUGAUCAGAGGAGAAGACACUGAAAUGCAACACCUAAUGAGGCUUCUUGAACGUGAUCAAUACAUUCAUUAG